AAAGUCAUUGCAUUGAAUCAUGACCAGGACAGCUAAGGUCUCUCCACCGUAUAUAAACAAGGCCUCCUACCAUGCAUGCCUUUAUCAUUAAUAUCCUAUACAUAAACUAUCAAUCUCACCAAUAUGGCUGCAUUAUCAGUAUCCAUGAAUCAUGUUACAUCAACGAUUAUCUUUUUUGUGUUUUUGGCACAAAUAACUGUGAUGGUCAACGUUUGCUUUGCAAAUGGAGAUCAAUCCAACAUUCUCUGCCAUGAAACUGAAAAGCAAGCUCUUCUGAGCUUCAAGCGGGAUCUUGUAGAUGAUUACAACAAACUGGUGUCUUGGGAUGUUUCCAAAGAAGAAGAUUGCUGCAAAUGGACUGGAAUUUCCUGCAACACCCUUACUGGCCACGUCUCUGAGCUCUUUCUCAACAAUGGCUCCUUUACAGGCAAGAUCAAUCCCUCCUUGCUUAAUCUCACUCAUCUACUUAGCUUAGACUUGAGCUUAAAUAAUUUUGCCCAGAUUAUUCCUAGUUUCAUGGGUUCUCUUGUGAGUUUGAGAUAUCUUAACUUUACAUGUGGAGGAUUCAAGGGAAAGAUUCCCCACCAACUUGGAAAUCUUUCAAGUUUACACUAUCUUGUGCUUGAAGAUUAUAUUGAUUAUGAGCAGUCAGGGUGUUCAUCGAAUUUGUUAUAUGUUGACAACCUUCAUUGGGUCUCUGGUCUUUCAUCAUUGGAAUCUCUAGUCAUGAAUGAGGUUAAUCUUAGUAAAGCAUCUGAUCACUGGCUUUUUGCAAUAAACACACUCCCUUCCCUGCAAGAAUUACGAUUGUACAAUAGUGAUCUUAGUCAUAUUCAUAUUCCAUCUCACAUCAAUCUUACAUCGCUUGAGACACUUGACCUGAGUUUAAACUCCCUUGAGCUUGAAAGUCCAGUUCCUUGCACCUUUCUCAACAAUAUGAGCCUUCUCAAGUAUCUUGAUUUGACUGAAAAUAAUAUGAAUUCUGUCAUUCCCAAAUGCUUUUAUAGUUUUCCCAAUCUGGCACACCUCUACCUUAUAGGUAAUAACUUGCAGGGCACUAUCUCAAGUGACAUAGCAAAUUUGACUUCUAUUGUCAGUUUUGACUUGUCAGAUAAUGCUUUAGCAGGAAAUAUACCAAAAUCCAUAGGAAAACUUUGCAAUUUGGAGGUACUCCAUAUUUCCGGUAACCAAUUAAGUGGAUCACUUCCUGAAAGUCUUGGGUCUCUCUCAAAGUUACAAACACUCGAUGUUUCCAAUAACCAAUUAAGUGGAUCACUUCCUGAAAGUCUUGGGUCUCUCUCAAAGUUACAAACACUCGAUGUUUCCAAUAACCAAUUUAGUGGACCACUUCCAUAA